AUGUUCUCUCUACGACCCUCGCUACGUCCCCUUCGUUUUUCGCCAUGGAGGAAGUCCCCUUCGCGACCUUAUUCAUCGCCCGGUCCAGCUUCGUCAUCCCCCAAAGACUCCCGUUCUCGUUUGCGCCGCCUCAAUGAUCGCCUGCCGUCGUUUCUGCGGACCUACACGACGCCGCUCCUGGGGGCUCCCGGAACGCACAUCACCUCCUUUCUUAUCUUACACGAGAUCACAGCGAUCGUCCCCCUCUUUGGUCUGGUGGGGGCCUUUCAUUAUGGGAAUUGGCUACCGGAUCUGACGUCGAGUGGUGCAUUCGAAGACGGCACGCGGCGCUUUGGCCGGUGGUUGCGCAAGAAAGACUGGGUAGAGGAAGAUGCGGAGGUGGACAUGGAGUUGCUGGCGAGGGAGCGAAGGGAAGGGUCGGCCGACUACAAAGGCUUGAGCUCUCCACGGGACGGAGAGAAGAAAGGCAUGCGUUUAGUGUGGGAGUUCGCGACGGCUUAUGCAGUCACGAAGGCUCUGCUGCCGCUGCGAAUCGCCGCCAGCGUCUGGGCCACGCCGUGGUUUGCGAGAACCGUUCUGGGUCCCGUCGGGGGGAGAAUCCAGACGCUGUUUCGGCGGAAGUAG